CACACACAAUCUCAGCAUCUCCUCACUGAUGACAAAGGGUCCUCCAGGGAGACGCGCCGCGCGUGACCGCCCCUCUGCUCUCGUGCUACUGCAGACAGAAACAGACAGACAGACAGAGAGUGAGACACAGGCGGAGACAGACAGACAGACAGCCGGUGUGUCGGAGGAUGCGCGCGGCGGACAGCAGCAGCAGCAGCUCGCGGUGAUCGUCGGAUCGGAGCCGCAGCGGAGCGCGAGGCGCUGAGCAGACAGGAUGAGCUGUAACUGGGGAACCGAGCUGUGGGAUCAGUUUGAUAACUUGGAGAAACACACCAGCUGGGGAAUUGACUUCCUGGAGAGAUACACCAAGUUCAUCAAAGAGAGAGCCGACAUCGAACAGAGCUACGCAAAACAGAUCAGGAGCCUCUCUAAGAAGUACCAUCCAAAGAGAAGCAGAGAGGACGAGAGCAGGUACACCUGGUGUUUGGCUUUUGCUGCGACUCUUCGUCAGUUGAACGAACUCUCGGCUCAGAGAGAAGAACUUGCUGAGAACCUGAACUCACAGAUUGUGUGCGAGCUGUCUAGAUACACCCAGGAGCUGAAGACUGAGAGGAAGACCCAUUUCCAAGAUGGCCGUCGUGCUCAGCAGCACAUUGAGAGUUCCUGGAAACAGCUGGAGUCUAGUAAACGCCGGUUUGAGCGUGACUGUAAGGAGGCGGAGCGAGCUCAACAUGUCUCUGACAGAAUUGACCUUGACAACAAGACGGACGGAGAAAAGCGCUGCUCUCUGAAGGCUCGUCAGACGGCUCAACAGAAAAAACAAGCUGCUGAAGAGUCCAGGAAAGACUAUGUGACCAGUUUAAACCAGUUUAACCAGGACCAGCACCAGCACUACCACACACUGGUACCAGUUAUAUACCAGCGUAUCCAAGACAUGGAGGAGCGGCGGAUUGAGAGAAUCUGUGAAGCGAUGCGUUCAUCGGCGGAGGCAGAGAGAAAAGUUCUUCCUGUUGUGAGUCGCUGUCUGGACGCCAUGAUGGCCUCUGCUGAGGGUAUCCAGCCCAGGAUGGACACGCGUCAGGUUGUGGAGGUGUAUAAAUCAGGCUUCGAACCUCCAGGUGAUGUUGAGUUUGAGGACUACAGCGCCACCAUGAGGCGGAGCAUUUCUGAGUCCAGUUACCUGGACAACCGAGCAGAGGGGCGGAGACACAGCAGGAAGCUGUGGCCGUUUAUACGAAAGAACAAGCUGUUGACUCUCCUCUCCUCCCCCCGGCAGCCUCCCCCUCCACCACCAACCUCACCUUCACCGGGGGCCGUGACCAACAGUCCCCAGUCCCCGCCCCCUGCCUCUAGAGAACCAAUCACGCAGCGGCUAAAUGACCUCAUGACCUCUGGUUCACGAACCAGGAAGCAGUGUCUUCGCAGCCUCAAGAGAGGGCUGUCACUCAAACUGGGCUCAAGUCCUGCAGACUGCAGUCAUCUUCCUCCUGAACAGAGACGAAAGAAACUUCAAACCAGAAUCAACAACAUCAACCAGGAGAUCCAGAGAGAGAGAGAGCAGAGAGACGCUCUGUUGAAGAUGAGGGAGGUGUAUGAACGAAGUCCUCAGAUGGGCGAUGCUGGUAGUUUAGAGCCACGACUAGAGGAGGUGAAACAGAGUCUGCAGAAACUGGAGGAUGAGCUGAGGAGGAACCAGGCUUGGCUGAUGGAGGCCGACAGCAGACUGUCUGAUCACAGCAGUAGAAGACAGAGUGGAGGUUGUGGGUUAACUUCCCAGGCAACAACGCCAGGCAGCAGCAGUCUGAAACAGCUGGACAACCGUAGUCCAGCCAGCAGAGAGAGUCCUGACGGCAGCUACACUGAAGACCACAGUGCAGAGCUUCACUUUAAAUCUCGUAGUUCAGAGUUUGACGAUGACUUUGAUGAUGAAGAACCAUUACCGAGUAUCGGCACCUGCAAAUCCCUCUACCCCUUCCAAGGUCAGAAUGAAGGAACCCUAUCAAUGGUGGAAGGAGAACUACUUUCCGUGGUGGAAGAGGACAAAGGUGACGGCUGGACCAGAGUACGGAGGAACCUGGAAGAGGAGGGAUACGUCCCCACCUCCUACAUCAAAGUCUUCCUGGACAGCAGUGCCAAAGGCUUUGUGCAGAGUAGUCGGCUAGUCUAGACCAGUGAGGACGUCUCGCCACAGGAAGUGAUGUACAGGAAAGAGCUCUGAGGGAGUCCGGUAACAGCUUUUCUUUUGACAGUUAUCUCAACCAAUCAGAUGACAGACGGCUGUCAAUAAGAGAUGGAGGACAACUUGUACUGACUGAGAUCAGAUAUUAGACUGGUCCCAAACAGUCUGAUCCAUCCCAUCUGUAUUUCCCAGAUCUCAUUACUCAUCUUCAGAUCAGAUCAUUUUUAUUCGUUUCAAAGAAAACCACAAACAUGUUUCUGUAUCUGGGUAAUUUCUUGAAAUAAUUAUAAUAAAUAAAAGCGGAAUGUUCUGAUCAAAGCUUUUCACUUUUCUUUCAAACAUUUUCAGACCAAAAUUACAAACUUAUCUUAUAUAGAAAGAUUUGUUCUGAUGUAAAAACUGAGAAAAAACUGAAAAUUUGUCGGUUUAAAUAUAUUUUCUUGUGAUUUCUGAGAUAAUGUUAAUCGACCAACUGACCUGAGAUCAGAGUAAUUGACCUGAAAUCAAAUAAAAUUUCCUGAGAUCAGAUGAACUGACCUCAGAUCAGAUGAACUGACCUGAAAUCAGAUUAACUCUCCUGAAAUCAGAUUAAACUAUGGUGAAUAAUUAAAAAUUUUUAAAACAUUUCCGAGAUGUUUCAUUGAAGGCAAGGACAAUCCUUCCUGUUGGCAGAUGACUUCAGAUGACCCCAUGUUUCACUGCAGUGAUGUCACAGUGAUGUCAGAGUGUACUGCGCUGAUGUCGUGCAGUCAACACAGGUGUAAAGUUUAAACUCAACACACUGGAAAGACAUGAGCUGAAACUUUACACAGACAUUUGCUGAAGAGUCACCUGUGUGUAAAUAUAAACUGUAGCUGCAGAGGUGUAGCCCCACCCCCUGUAUACCUGCUGACCUAAACUCCGCCCCUGGUUUACCAAACCAGUAUUAACCCCGCCCCAUGCUUGUUGAUCAAUGAUCAUGUUAUUGAUUGUGUGAAAUGUGAAACUUUUUUAUUUUAUAGUGAGACAUUGAUCAGUUAUUGUUUUUUUUAAUUGGGACGUGAGACUGCUGAUCACGCUCUUUUCAACUUCCUGUAUGUUAAUCUUUCAAAAUAAAGGACUCUCUGAAUCACACA